AUGCGUAACUUUGCGAGGAUCCCGCUUUGUCGCCCCCUCGGGGGGAAGCACCCGUUCCGCUUUAACAAGGCGCAAAUAAAAACACUGCACAACUUCCUAGACGUCCUGGAAUUUGAAGAGGGGAAAGAAGACGAUACGGAGUAUAGGCGAAUCGAUGAGCUAAGCAAAUACGUUGAAGUUAUAAAAAUUAAGGACAGCCCAAUUAACGAAAGUAAGUACUAUGGGUACAAUUUCGAAAAUGAAGAAAAUUUUUUUGACCCCAAUGGAGAAUUGAAAAAAAAUUUACCUGAACAGGUCAUACAAAAUGAAGGAGAACGAAUAAAGGAAUACAUACAUGUGCCCCCAUUUGUUUUAACGAAAUUAUGUGAAUAUGCAUUUAAAGAAAUAUUAUUUUUUUUAAAUAAAAAACAUUUGAAGCAACUGAGCAACAUAUUGAAUGAUGGGGAGUCCAGCAAGAACGACAAGUAUGUCGCCAUGACUUUAAUUAAGAACGCCGUCAUCAGUGCUGAGCAGAAUUUGCCUGGAUGCCAGGACACGGGGACGGCCAUCAUUUUGGGCAAAAAGGACGAGGACAUAUUAACCUCUUAUGAGCACAAGUAUUUGAACUUGGGUGUUUACAAUGCCUAUCGCAACAAUAACUUUCGUUACAGCCAGCUGUCUCCCCUGAGCAUGUUCAGCGAGGAGAAUACAAAGAAUAACUUGCCAUGCCAGAUUGAGAUAUACAGCUCCGUGCGCGGGGGGAAGGCACAUGGUGGAGUAACAACGCCGGGGGUGCGGGCGUCUCCCCCGUCUUCUCCCCCCACUUGUGCCGCGUCCACCGCGUCCAUCGCCAAGUACGAACUGAUCUUCAUCGCCAAGGGCGGGGGGAGCGCAAACAAGACGUUCCUGUUCCAACAAACCAAGAGCAUCCUGAACGAAGACAAGCUCUACGAUUUUCUCCUCGAAAAAAUUAAAGAAAUUGGUACCUCCGCAUGCCCCCCAUAUCACUUGGCAGUAGUAAUUGGAGGGCUGUCUGCUGAAAUGAAUUUAAAAGUGGUAAAGUUAGCGUCCUGCAGGUACUUGGAUGAUUUGAAGAAAGAGGGUGGAGGGUACGGAAAGGCAUUUCGAGACAUGAAGAGUGAAGAAAUUAUUUUGCAGAAGGCACAAGGGCUAGGUAUAGGUGCUCAAUUUGGGGGGAAGUACUUUGUACAUGAUGUGAGAGUGAUCCGCUUGCCGAGACAUUCUGCUUCGUGUCCUAUUGGCAUUGGUGUUUCCUGCUCAGCUGACAGGCAAAUUAAAUGCGUAAUAAAUCGAGAGGGGGUAUUUAUGGAGGCUCUGGAGCAUGAGCCGAUUAAGUACCUACCAGAAAUUACGUACAAGGAGUUGAAGCGGGUCGGGGGGGUGGCAGCGCGUACUGGGGAGGAGCACUCCGGAGAGGAAGACACAGGGGAGGGAGGCAUCGCCAUCAACCUUAAUCAGCCCAUGGAAAGCAUCCUUAAAUGUUUAUCGGAGCACCCCGUGUCGACCCUGCUCCUACUAUCGGGCAAGUUAAUAGUCGCCAGGGACACAGCCCACAAAAGAAUAGUUGAUGAUUUUGUCCUGCACGGAAAACCCAUCCCAGAGUACUUUAAAAAAUACCCAAUUUACUAUGCAGGGCCAGCGAAAACUCCAAAUAAUUACGCCAGUGGUUCUUUUGGACCUACCACAGCUGGUCGUAUGGACGCGUAUGCUGAAGUACUUAUGAAGAAUGGGGCUUCUUUAAUUUCGUUGGCCAAAGGGAAUAGGUCUUCCGUGGUACGGAACGCGUGUAAAAAGUAUCACGGGUUUUACUUGGGGAGUAUAGGUGGGCCUGGUGCCAUUUUGGCCAAGAAAAAUAUUAAAAAGGUGGAGGUGAUUGACUUUGCGGAGCUCGGGAUGGAGGCUGUGCACCUUAUCGACGUGGUCGACUUCCCGGCCUUCAUCGUCAUAGACGACAAGGGAAACGAUUUUUACAAUAAGUGGAUCCCCGCUUAA